UAUUUUAAUGUAACUAAAAUUGAAACAUCAAAACAGCAACAUGAUGAUGAUAAUGAACUACCAUUAUCAUGGGAUUCAAUCAUAUUGGAUAUUAAAUAUACACCAAAACUUAAAUUGUUGGCAAAAAUUGAACAACAACAGCAACAGCCAUCUUUAAUGAAUAAUGAAAAUAAAUCAAUGAAUGAUGAAAUGAUUAAACAAAUUAUUAUUGCCGAUCAAAUAAUGUCAGGUCAAUCAUCAUCAUCAACGAUAAUAAACCGACAGAUUAAUCAGCUACAUAUAAUGGAAGGAGAAAAUAUUACAAUGGAUUGUCUUUAUCGUGCUAAACCGAAUGCAACCGUAAUACGUUGGUCACAUAAUCAUGAUGAAAUAUGGCAGGAAAAAUCUGGAAUCGAUAUUGAACGUAAUCGAUUACGUAUUAUUAAUGCAAAAACUAAAAUUCAUGAUGGUCUUUAUCGUUGUAUUGUAUUCAAUUCAGAAGGACGUGGUCUUAGUAAUGAGAUUAAGAUUUUUGUUGAUUCAAAUCAUAAUGAUCAUCAAAAAGCACGAUCAAUAAUGAUGAUGAUGAUCAGGAUUGAUUGUCAAAUUCUUGCUAAUUCGAUUGUCGAAUCAACAAUGGCCAAAAUAAUUGAUAGACAACAACAACAACAACAACAAUCAAAAAAUUCGUCCAUUACUUAUCGAAUUGAAUUGUAUGAUGAUGAUAAUAUAAAUCGAUUAAUCGAACGUCCAUUACAAUCUCGUGUAUUUGUUGUCCAUAUUGAUCGACAAUCUGAUAAUGAUGGUAAUGAUAAUAAUCGUAAAAUUAUUGGCCACUUUUCAGUGCAAUUAUUGAUUGAACAAAAUUCAACAACAACAACAACAAAUAAUCAAUGGAAUGGUUAUCAAGCAGCAGCAGCAAUAUCUUCGACAUGUGAUGGUCAUUCAGCUUGUAUUGUUGCUACUGAUGUAAAAUCUAAUCAUGCCACUCCUACUACUUCGAUAUUAUCACGAAUAAAUUCUAUACAAGAUGAACAGGAGCCAUCAGAAUCAUCGAAUAAAUAUAAUCAUCAUACAAUACGUCAUCAUCAUUGA